GUAGGGUGUCAACUUGGUCCUUUGGCAAUGAUAGUUUUUCUCACGCUGGGAGCUGUCCUUUUGGCAACAAAGAGGACUGUUGACACCUGUGAGCAUCCCACUAUAAUUAAGCACACAGGCUCUCCUAUUGCUCGACAAGUUCACUCAAGCGUUUCGACCAAAAAAAAAAAAAGAAGCUCACUCAAGCGUUGAAGAUGGAAAGCUCGGGCUCAAGCAAAGCCAGAUGCAUCGCAGGCAACAACGGAGAGGCCGAACUAAAACCCUCCAAUGCCGAGAGGAAACGAGCUGGUUGGAUUACAUUCCCAUUCAUCAUAGGCGCGGUGGCCUUGUUGAGCGUGGGUGCAACUGGAUGGAUGGCGAACUUGAUUGUGUACUUGAUCAAAGAGUUCAAUAUGAACCGGAUCGAUGCGGCGCAGAUUUACAAUGUGAUCAACGGCUGCUUUUGUCUCCUCCCAAUCCUCAGCGCGAUCAUAGGUGACUCCGUCCUAGGAUGCUUCUUGGUUGCCUCCAUUUCUUCCUUCAUAGCCUCAAUCGGUAUAGUUCUUUUAUCCUUAACGGCCACACUUAAUUCGUUGAGACCCGAGCAGUGCGGAAAUAAAUCAAGCUCGUGCAAAGCCCCAUCUAACCUUCAAUUCGGUGUGCUAUACACGGGGAUAGUUCUAGCAACACUCGGAGCGGCCGGAGUGAGAUUCACCACGGCAACAUUAGGGGCGAACCAGUUCGAAAGCCAAAAGGAUCAAUCGACUUUCUUCAAUUGGUUCUUCUUUGCACAAUACGCCGGUUUUGUCCUGAGUUGCACGCUGAUCGUGUAUGUCGAGGACAGUGUGAGUUGGGCCUUUGGAUUUUGGUUUAGUGUCGCGGCGAACUUCAUUGGUCUCGUGGUUUUUGUCGUGGGAAAUCGGUAUUAUCGCCACGAGACACCUCAGGGGAGUCCAUUACUGAGCUUAGCACGCGUCCUUGUUGCUAGUUUUCGGAAAUGGAAGCUUCAGCUCACACUGAAUAGAGAUGAGUUCUAUUAUGGCCGAGAUGGACGGAAUAAGGAGGUGGACGUACCCCCAAAGAAGAACUUCAGGUUCUUGAAUCGCGCUGCUGUGAAAACUGAUGGAGACACCAAGUCCGACAACUCGAUCGCCAGACCAUGGAGGCUAUGCACAGUGCAGCAAGUGGAGGACCUAAAAUCUGUGAUCAAAGUGUUACCACUGUGGUCAAGCACUAUCUUCUUGAGCACCCCAAUCGCUGUCCAAAACAGCAUGACAGUCCUCCAAGCCCUAACCAUGGACCGCCACGUAGGACCCCAUUUCACGAUCCCGGCCGGUUCAAUCCUUGUCAUGAUUAUGAUCUCCACCUCUGUUUCUCUCGCUUUGAUGGAUCGCUUCCAAUCCCUAUUCCCACUAUGGAAAAAGCUGACCGGUUCGCCUCCAACAGUAUUGCACAGGAUUGGUAUGGGUCAUCUCCUGAAUGUGCUUGCCAUGAUUGUAUCGGCGCUAAUCGAGUCACGCAGGCUCAGGAUAUCCCAUCUCCACCGUCUCCAAAAUGUCAACAAUCAUACAGUCCCAAUGUCUGCACUGUGGCUAUUCCCUCAACUGAUUCUGGUCGGAAUUGGAGAAGCAUUCCAUUUUCCGGGACAAGUGUUGUUGUACUUCCGAGAAUUCCCGGCGAACUUAAGCAACAGUGCGACCGCAAUGGUCUCGGCUGCGAUUGGGAUAUCUUACUAUUUGAGCACCUUGUUGGUCGAUCUGGUUCGGAGGAGCACCGGGUGGUUGCCGGAGAACUUGAACGAUGGGAGGUUGGAUUGCAUGUAUUGGUUGCUUGCUGGGGUUGGGCUGGCGAAUUUUGGGUAUUAUCUCGUAUGCGCAAAGUCGUACAAGGGAAAAGAUGGGAGUUCUAGUUCGAAUCUUCCAAUGACGGAUGAUGCUGGUGAAAAAGAAUGAGGUCCUAAAUGCGUUUGUCCAUGCAUGCUGGGAUUAGUCUAUGUAUAUUUCUUGUCUACUUCGACAAAAUGAUGUUACUUUGAACGCCCGCUUCUUCAUGGAGGACUUUUUCAAUAAAUAUAUAUGUUUGCACAUAUCUAUUAUAUCUAUAAUUAAAGCCGGAGCAAUGAGAG